CGGAAGGGGGCGGUUUGUUUACUCGAUCAGCUGAUUCAUUCACAAAUCCAUUCACGGAAUUACUCGAUCAGCUGAUUUUCUUCCCGUUCGAAGAGCACCUUCUAUACUCUUCACCCUUUGGAUUAUUGGCGUCCUGGCGAUAGCAUGGUGUGAACUCGUGCUAGAGAAGAAGGAAAGGGAGAUCAUCUUUCACGGAAGGGACUGAUCCGGAGAAUAUCAAGAAUUUUUUUUCCUUUUUAUAGGCCUUCUUCGUCUGCUGUGAUGUUGUCCGAGGAAUACAAGAGCUGUCUCACUGAGCUUUCGCAAAUGGAUAAUGAUUCUUUUUUAGCCUCCUGGGAAAUGGCUCUGGACCAUCUGAAAACAUAUAAGGAACAAGAAGAAAUUCUACCUUAUUAUAGCGUUCAGCAUCAGAAGGACACGUUGGAACUGAAAUCAGCAAGGAUAGCCAAGUUACUUGAGCAUUUACUUGAAACAAAUUCCGACCAAGAUCUAGCAAAACUCCUUACUUCAUCUGGGCUACGAAAAGAAGUAGUGAAUAUCAUUAUUUCCCAGUCAGAGCACAUCAGAAAACUUGUGUCUUCAAGAAUAUUGCAGAAUAAUCCUCGAGAGCAGUUGAUUGAUCUGCAAUGGAAGUUUGGAGUGGUGGCUGGGAGUAGUUCAGAGGGAGAGGCUGGGAGAACUUUUGUACAGGUGAAGAUUGUCUCCAAGUCUCCGAGCGGUGCAGUCAAAGCGCGUCAUGUGGAAAUGUCCCUCAAGAAGUUUUAUGAUUUCUUGCAUCAACUAGAAAAAGCCAAAGCCACAUUAGAGUAUAUGAAUUAUUUAUAACCAAUGUUUUGUAUUUUGUUUUGUAUUUUCUCCUCUUACUGGAUAGAUUUUAGAUAAUCAUAUGUCAUUUAAUUACGGGGUUUGUUAGGGAUAUACAAGAUAUUAAUUGCCUGGAUCUGUUAAACAUUCCAUUGUAUGGUUUCAAGAAUUUUCUAUGCUGCCUUGUGAUUACUGUAUCUUAGAUCAUUAUUACUAUAAUUUACUAUUAUAUAAUUUUAUGCAUUAUUUUGACCACUUUAGAUUCCUUGGAAAUGAAACUAUAUAUGGAUUUAUUAUGAUAGUAGAUAAAAUCACACUGCACAAACUAGAUUUAUUGGUAAUGAGACCAUUUUCAGGUCUGGAGAUGAAGUAGAGGUGGAUUUUGAAACGAUUGUCUCAUUAUCAAGAAAUCCAGUUUGUGCAUUGUGGGUUUUUCUACUGUUGUAUCAACACAUUCAUUUAUUAUGAUUUUGAAUAACCUUUUCUGAUUCUAAUAAAGAUACAAUAUAUUCA